AUGAGCUCCUUUCAAGAUAAGAGCUUCUCGAAUAUGGAAGAUCUAUACCCAGUUCCAUUUCCAGAUGAUGUGCCUAUCGCGAAAUUGGAGACCAUUUCUCUCAACAAGCUCUUGAGCAACAAUGAAGUCGAAGCUCAGAGACUCUUCAACGUAUGCAAGGGUUCUGGAUUCUUUUAUCUGGACAUGAUGGAUCAUGAAAUUGGAAGAAAGAUGUGGGAAGAUGCCUGCUACGCUUGUCGCUCCGGGCAAGCGGUCCUUCCUAUUACCCCUAUGACAACGAAAAAGGCAUACAAGGCACGCACUGGAGUCAAAGUUCUCGACAGAGGGUACCAGACUGGGGCGGUAAAUGACGAUGGACAGCCAAGAGAUAGCGAAAUGUUCAUGGUUCCUCAAACCGAAUUCUUUAGCAAUGAACCCUUGGGGUUCGAAUUGCCUCCAUGGCUUGCACCACAUGAAGAAAGAUUCAAAAACGCGAUGAGCAGUGGUAACAUCGUUGCUAAUGUCAUCCUCAGUAUUCUUGAGGGAAAGCUCGAGCUCCCUCCUGGAGCUCUCACCAAUAUCCAUAAGCUGACCGAUUCCUCCGGAGACUUCAUUCGAGUCUUACGCUACCCCGGCACCGACUUGGGCGCAGAAAUUGAUCCGUUGAGAUUCCCUCCUCAUAGAGACGCUGUCAGCAUCGCUAUAUUGUUCACCUGGCUCGGUGGGCUUCAGAUUACCGAUGAAGAGGCAGCUUUCGCUGUGCCGGAGUCAUCCUGGCGGUGGGUCAAGCCUGUUCCCGGAACUGCAGUUGUCAACUUGGGCGAUGCUAUGGAGGUUUUCACGAACAAACUUCUCAAAUCUGGCCUACAUCGUGUGAUCAAAGCCCCAGGCUUACAAAGAGCACACGACAAGUACAGUGUGCUCAUUGUAGCCCGGCCAGAAGACAGUACGCCCAUGCGAAGUUUUUCUAGCCCUGUCAUUCCCGAAGGUACAGAAGAGCAGAAGAGCGCACCGAUUUAUUCUAGCAUCGAAUGGGGCCAUAACAAGAUCAAGGCUUUGCAGGACUUUAUCGACAAGCUUCAGAGUGCGCGUGCUGGGAAGACGGAAAAUCUUGAGCGCAGCUGGACUGCUCCAAAGUCGGGUUCUGGCAUCGAUGUACUAGAAGGGUGUCCCGUCGGACUUGUAACACACUACAGGACCAAGGCAGAACAUUAA